CUCCGCCUGCCCUCCGCCCCCUGCACGCUGGGGAGCCUGGCGGCCUGCCUGGCACAGAGUCACACAGACACUGCCAUGAACGCUGCUGUCGCUCUGGGCCACCUGAGUGGGAUGGAGACAGGCAGGGCUCUUUGGACCUGGACCUGGAGUACAGGCUGAGUGUUUAGAGCUCUGUUGCUCCAGUGGACCCGGCGUGGCUCAGCAUGUUCCGGUCCGAUCACGCCACUGGGUCGGCCGGCCUGCAGGCCCUGCUGUGUGCGGGAAGCGGACCUGCAGCGGCACAGACGGCCUGCUUCGCACUCAGCUGCCUGGCGGCGGAAGAAGCCGGGCACGCUCUGGUGCUCGUGAGCUCCGCCUUCCCCCCCCCUGCUGGACGGCCUGUGCUCCUACCUGCUGGAGGAAGACCUGACGGCGCCUGGUUCGCGGCUGUGGCAGUGGGGGCGCUAGUGUCACAGCCCAGCGGGGUGGUGCGAGUCAGACAGCACGGAUUGCUGGAGGACUGGCUGCGGGCUCUGUGUAGCUCAUCAUCGCUUGGAUGGGAGCUGCAGGAGGAAGUCAGCUCCUGUCUGAGGAAGCUGCAGCGUCUCCCCAAACCGCUUCCGCCAGCAACAAAGCGACUGACAUCAGGUUCCUACGUGGUCUCAUGGGUAGAGUGCAUACCUGAGAGCGGCCUGGAGGUCAGGUAUAGUCUCCUUGAUGAAGACAGGCUGCUGUACCGUGGUACCCAGUGUCACGUGACCCUAUCCCUUUCCGCACUCCAGUCCCAAUCUACUCUCUCGCUUCGCGUAAUCCAUUCCACUGCUGACAACGACAUCAGCCCUAGCAGCGAGCCUGCUCCAUUGCUUGUCGAAAGAGAAGGGGCAGAGCUAAGACCAGGCCAACCGCAGCAGCUGUGUGUCAUGGGGUAUGACCACAAAGCAUGGGGCUAUCGUGGGUGGCCUCACCCCCGACUCCCUGUACCGCCUUGGGGUACAUGUGGUGGGGCCUGGGGCUGCGGUGGGGCUAAGCACCUGGGUGGAGGCACACACCUCAGACGGCUGAUGGUGACGGUGCUGGGCCGCCACGAGCUGUGGGUCAGCUUGGCCGCACCCUCCCUGCCACUGGGCCGCCUCUUCAACUAUGAGCUGUGGCUGAACAGCCGUGUGACCUACCUGGGCCCCGAGCGUGCCCACACCGCCCGCCAGCACCGCCUACACCUGCAUGGUGGCCGCCCUCACUUCCGAAGGGCGCUGUCAGAGCCAGCCGGUCACCAAGAGGACAGCCUGCCAUGGAUACUCGCGCACCCUGGGCAGACCAUUAGUCCAAAGUGAUGUACAAGUGAGGAUCAGUGAACAGGGUCAGCCUGGAGCAAUUGGAUGCAGAGCCCAACUGCGAUAUGCUUACUCUACUGGUGAUGGGAUUUGAACCCACAACCUGCUGGAGCAGAUACCCACUAACCCACUACACACAGCUGUGGUCUGUCCUACAGGUGCCUAUAUAUUCCCUCCUGUGUGCCACACCCACAAGUUCCUGCCUCACCCCAGUCAGCCAAGGAUGCCAAGGAGCUCACAAAGGUCAGGGAGGUCAUAGAGGUCAGAG